AUGUCAUCAAUGAGCACACGGGCACAAAUCCAUCGAUUUCUCAACCGCCCCGAGACGUGGGGACAGUCCAGUUUGCAAUUCUGUUUCUACGAAAAUGGGAGUGACCUCUACCGAGGAGACGAGACCCAGCCCGAGAAAUCCCCCCUGCGAUCUGCCUGUCGGGAAUCUCGUGAAAUCUGGCUGCAAAACUACAUCAUACCCGACAUCCAAUUAUCGCAUGAAUGGGAAAUCAAAUUGGGUGUGAAGCCGCACGCGUUUGGGAACUGCAGAAGUACACAGUGUGUAAGGCUCCAGGCUCGUUACCCGGUUCGAUCCCAUAUGAUACCACACGAACACAAUUAUUAUUUGAAUUCAGAUGGGAGAUUAUUCUAUGUUGUUGUUCGUGGUUUCAUCGACAUGAAUCGCGAUACUUUGAUUAUGGAUCCCGUGGUUUUUUCCUUGGUCAAUGGCGAUUUGGGAUUGGACCUCAACAUCUCAAAGCUAAGGUCCAUAGCAUAUACUUCCAGCAUCGAGUAUCGUCCAUUGUGGAAGCCACCGGGAAAUAAUGGAAGAUAUGAGGUAGUUGAAGGCACUCGACUCUUGAUCUCUGAUAGAGGUAGUGGCUAUCAUGCAGCCGAUCCCGAUAUUAACAAGACUUUCGUCGACUUACAAGCCGGCAAUGCAAGGAAUGCUCUUGUGCGUAUUGAGGAACCGGAAGAUCUCCCUGCAGAUAAGGAGAAGAAUAUUGCAAGCAAAGAUAUGUGGAGCUUCAUUACCCAGUGCUGCCCACAGAUUUCCAGUAUCCAAUAUAUCCUUCUUGGUGAGACAAACACUGCAAUCGUCAAUUGGGGCGAUCCUGGCAAUCCGCCUGGGCGAAAGGUUGGAUGGGAAAUACACGAGCAUCAUCUCUUGCCACUCUAUCCUUCUGUCCGGGAGAUUAUCAUGAGCCCAAUUAAUGCACCAAGAUACAAUUGGAUUUGGGGGAGGGGGACCAAUUUCGGAUUGCCUAUCGUUGGAAUCCAGUCUCAUUUUAACAAUAGAUUGAACCACGGGCUGCAACUAGAAAAGGAUUUUCAAGAUUAUAUAAAGGAACAUGAAGAUUCUGGCAACAGACACUUCUGGCAUGGAUUAAAAUUUCAAGUGUGUGCUUUAGGGGAUGCUGUGAGGCUGAAUGUCUCCGCAAUUACCCGAGGCCAAGGUGGCACACAAGUAUUGAUGGGCGAAGAUUUCUUCGACGUGGAAUCCGAGGGUGAAAUACCAUUUGAGUUUACCAGUGGGAAAGUCUCGCCAUCUUCUUCGUCUUCGUCUCUACCUUCAUAUCCAGAAGAACGCGGGUCUGAAAACUCUAUUUCCCAAAACAAGGAACAAAAGGUCGAAGUCCCAAUGAGAGAAGAUGAGAGAUGCUUUCUUCAUCUAGAAAAGGGUGUUUAUCUCCACUGGGAUCCCACGGGAGCACCCAUUCAAGUCACUCGAAAUGUUUAUGCCGGCGUUCAAGCCCUUUUUGAAAGGGCCUGGCAGGAUCAUCUUGACUAUGAAACCAAUCGUAGAAAUGAAGCCUAUCUUGAAUGUGAAUGCCAUCUUGGAUAUCGAUCCAGUCUUGUACAUGGACUCGAUUUUGAAGAAUUCUUCAGCUCUGUUAGUCAGUUUUAG